GCGGUGGUCGGCGGAGCGAUGUGGCAACGCUGCGUUGCGUGAACGUGGUCGACGGAUGAGUGCUCAUGCGCACGCACGUCCGGGCGGCGGGCACCACCUCGCCGCCUAUCAACACCUAUCUAGUGGCGUCAAAAUAUGUCGCGGUCCGCGCUCCACGGGCAUUCUAGUGCUGCGGAACAGUAGUAUUACGACUUGAGUAUAUUUUAGUAUGAUGUUACGAACAAAAACGAUAUACAAACUGUUGCAUCCGGUUUCUGAACACCCGCAACGUCACAAUCGGUAAGACACAUAGGCGUGCGCACGGGGCGAGCCGGUCGAGCGACCAGAAUCUUUUUAGGGGCAUAGUAAAAUGUUUGUCUAUACUUAUUAUAAAUUAUAAUAAUAUGUUUGAAACUUUUAUUUGUAGUGAAAGUGAAAUAAAAUAACAACUAUUUGUGUGUACCUCUACAUUAAUUUUAUUCAUCUAACAAAAACAUUGUGUACAAAAUAUGUACUAUGAUUAAAUACAUUAAUAAGUUGGUUAUAAUUUAUAAAUAGUAUACAUAUACAUGGUGUUUAUUUAAUUAUAAGCCGAGUGCGGACGACCGUAGAUACAUUGCUCCACGGAAAAAUCUAUACUUUUAUCGCUUUCAAAUAGAAGACCGUAAACAGACUGACCUCUCAUUUCUCAAUAAUCUAUUCAUUAUUCAGUACCUAUGUUCAGUUGUUAACUAUUUACUGUUGUCACUCAGUCACUACACACUGGCCUGUUAGAGUUUACUGUUUAAUAAUAUUUAUAUUAAAGUUCGGUGAAUUAAUAUGGUGAGACAUUAUUAUGAUUAAUUUUAUUCUUGCCAAUAUCGGUCGUAUUUAUAUCGUUUUAAUUUUAACAUUAAAAAUAUAUGUCUAGAAAUUAGCACAUAUUAUAUGUUGUGUGCACGUUCAACUUGAUUAUAUUUUUACAUAUAAAUAUUACACUUUUCAUAUUACACAAAAUUUACAUUUUACAUUAAGAAUGUAUGUAAAUGUGUAAAAAAAAAUAAAAAUAGGGGCACUGUCAAAAUAUUGGGGCACUAAUUCUAUCAGGCUCGACCGGAAACUGAAGUCUGCGCACGCCUAUGGUAAGACAAUACCGUAUUUCGUCACUGCCAUUACCACUCGCCACAUCUACAACAAUAUUUAUUUUAAUGUGAACCGACGCCGCAUGCCGACUUGGCGUGCAAGAGAUUAAGUAGUGCUUUCUGUUUUUUGUUAUUAUUCGUGCUGGGAUGGCGUUCCCGACGGAUCCGUUUUGGCAGCAGGUGAAAUUGUGCUUCUGUGAUUCAUUCAUUGAGUCAGCAAAAUAGCUAACUUAUCUAAGAAUUAAGUAUUUAAUUUAUAUACACUAUUACCAUGGAUAACUCGGCAGAUAAGCAAAUUACAAUCGCAAGAACAUUGUUCAAUAUUGCUCACGGUUAUUUGAAAAAAAUAGACAUUGAUGAUGAACAAGAGAUCAAAUAUGAAGACGAUGAAAAAGAUAAAACAAUAAAAAAAGACAUUCAACAAACAAAAGAUGAAGAACUAAAUGGAUAUGGAAAAGAUGACAACAUAUUUGACAAAAAACAAGAAAAAAACAGUGAAUUGGAUAAUGACAUAGAAUUUUACUUACAAGUGCAAGUCGAUUCAAAAUUUCAACAACAAUUAUGUACAAAUGUACAAAAUAAAGACCUAAAAAACCGAAAUCCUGAAAUAGAAAUAGAAUUAAAAAUAGAAAUUCCUCAAGAAUUUGAUAAUUCAUAUCUGAAAAAUAUUGAUAAAGAAAAACAUUUUGAAGAGGAAGUUAAAAAAAAAUCAAAAAAAAAUAAUGAAUUUAAUAAAAAAAAGAAAGAGAAGAUAAACAAGAACUAAUGUAUUCAGAAAUAAAUACGGAUUCAGAG